AUUGUAAAAAAGAAAAUAAAAAAUAAAAGAUAAGAUGAAUACAAGAACGAAUAGUAUAGUAUAGUGUAGCGUAAAGAGUCAUAUAUAUUUGUGACCUUAGACGUAUCUGUGAGUUAAAAUGACCAUUCCGUAGUAACAUCCUCGGCGUCUACUUAUGUGGCGCGGGAGCACAACCGCCAUUUGGUUUUGUUCUACUUUGUUACACUUUUUUUCCCUUUUUUUUUUUUAUCGUUAAUUCACGAUGUGCUACCAUGGGGCUAGCUAAAAUAUGGCAACAGCUUUAAUAUGAGCAAAGAGCUAAAGUCGUACAUGCUGAAAGCAAUGAAGGAAUAUCAGCACUAUUUUGAAAAGACAUCAACGAAAAAUUGCUACUUGGAGGAUAACAUCGGCUUGGUUAAAGAAUUAAAAAUUGACGAGGACAACGGCUACAAUGAAGAUAUUUUUUUGAAAAUACAAAAGCAGUUCCACCUGCACGACUUUUUCAACCUAUCCUUGUUAUUCCCCGUGAAAUUUUUUAACAAAAAUGGAAAGACGUUAGUGCAGUUAAUAUCAGAAGAUACCACUCAAAACGACUUGGAGUUGAUACAGGCCGUUCUUAAGAAUAUAGAGCAUAACGAACUGAACAAAUUAAAUUUUUUCAACAUGGAAAAUAUAAUUUUUGAGCUAUUAGACGAAAUAAUAAGGCAAAUAACUGUAGAGUGUCCGAAGCGCGGCUUCGCCUUGCUAAUGAUCAAUAACGAAAUACAAAAAAAUAUUAACUACUACAAAAAUUUGAUUGACAUCAUAGAGCACAAUAACGACAUGAACAACCAGAAUUAUAAAGAACAGUUGCAGCAGCAUAAGUUAUUUCUGGACGAACUAGCAACGGAAGAGAUCGAAUUGAAGGAAAAGCUCCUGGACUCGCAGAACGAACUGCAACUUUUGAAGAACGAAAAUUUAAAGAAAAUGCAAGAAAAUAAAAAUAAAAAGGAAAUACAGUACGACUUAUUAAAGCACAAUGAAUCGUUACUCGAGAAAAUUAAAGAAAUUUACGACAAGCAAGGGGAAAUUUAA